AUGGCGAGCCGCACCCAAAGAUGGAACCCUAAUCUUGAUGCAGACACAACGCAUUACCAGACAGCCUCGCCUCGCGCUCUCGUCUAUCGACCACAAAGAGAUGAUCAUACACGUCCCGUAAGCCGCAUCCUACGCCCACCUCCGAAAUUGGAUCGUCCUGUUAAGGAAAAGGGACCAACGGUACGAUGCUCCAUACCUCUUCCACUGAAGCGGCUUUGGCGUGAUCAGGGCAUUCCACCUAAGUACCACUAUUCUCCCUUCCCUAUUCUCAUCAGCAUAAACCUCUCGUGA